AUGCAUUCCACAUUCUCCUUUUCACUCCUGGUUUUGCAAGGUGUUUUAUCCUUCAAGACAGUCGCCAACCACAACAAGGAGACGACAGAAACUAUUCGUGCCAAAUCUGGCUACAAAACCGAGGAGUUCAACGAUCUGGUCGACUCGGUUCUCGAUGCUUGUGAUAGCAAUGGAUGUGACUCGGGACCGAAGAAGUGUAACAUUGCCCAUUGUAUCUCCAUUGAUGGAGAUAAUCUGGAUAAUAAUCACGGCAACAUUCUCGAAAUAGUGGGAAAGUACAUCAAAAAUACAAUGCACACUGAAGAUGCUACGAUCGACGACUGCACUAGCUCAGGUUGCGGCUUUCUUAAGGCCACCAACUAUACCAUUCCCGGCUACAUCUCCCUCAGGCGUAACUACGAUAAUGACGAUCCUAACAUACUGUAUAAGAUUUCUAUCAGCACGACGGAAUCAAAAGAUGCUUGUGGAGCUGUGUUUGACGCCUUAUCGGCUGCUGGUGGACCGCUUGGGGCAGGAGACGUAUUCGGCGCGAUCAAGGCUGCUGUUUGUACGGAAUAG